AUGGAGCCGGGCCCGCGGCGCCGCCCCGCCGCGCGGCCGCGCUGCCCGCGGCGCUGGUGGCGGCGGCCGCGCUGGGCGCUGGCGGCCGCGCUGCUGGGCGCCGCGCUGGCGCUCUACGCCUGCCUGCGGGAGCCGCCGCCGGCCGGGGCCGGGGCCGGGGCCGGGGCCGGGGCCGGGGCCGAGGUGAGCGUGCUGCUGUGGUGGGAGCCCUUCGGGCGGCCGCGGCGCCCGGCCGACUGCCGGCGGCGCUACAACAUCACGGGCUGCCGCCUCAGCGCCGACCGGAGCCGGCUGGGCGAGGCGCGGGCCGUGCUCUUCCACCACCGCGACCUGGCGCUGCACGGCGCCCAGGGGCUGCCCCGCGCGCCCCCGCCGCGGCCCCCGGCCCAGAUCUGGGUCUGGAUGAACUUCGAGUCGCCCUCGCACUCGCCCGGCCUCCGCGGCUUCGCCGGCGUCUUCAACUGGACCAUGUCGUACCGGGCGGACUCGGACGUCUUCGUGCCCUACGGGUACCUCUACGCCCCGCCGGCGCCGCGGCCCUUCCGCCUGCCCCGCAAGACCCGGCUGGUGGCCUGGGUCAUCAGCAACUGGAACGAGGAGCACGCCCGGGUGCGCUACUACCGCCAGCUGAAGGAGCACCUGGCCAUCGACGUGUACGGCGCGCGGGGCCUGGCGCUCGCCGAGGGCGGCAUGGUCACCACCAUCUCUGCCUACAAGUUCUACCUGGCCUUUGAGAACUCCCAGCACACCGACUACAUCACCGAGAAGCUCUGGAGGAACGCCUUCGCCGCCAGCGCCGUCCCCGUCGUCCUCGGCCCCCAGAGAGCCAACUACGAGCGCUUCAUCCCGCCCGACUCCUUCAUCCACGUCGAUGACUUCCCCAGUCCCCGACGGCUGGCCACCUACCUGAAAUUCCUCGAUAAGAACAAGCCAAACUACAGGAGAUAUUUCGCCUGGAGGAAGAAAUACGAGGUCCACGUCACCUCGUUCUGGGAUGAACAUUACUGCAAGGUUUGCGAGGCCGUAAGGACGGCAGGGAAUCAAAUCAAGACUGUGCAAAAUCUGGCCAGCUGGUUUGAAAGCUGAUGUUUGUGGCGGGCGAGGCUUGCUGGGCCUCUCCCGGGAGCAGGCUUUGUCAAGGCUGAGCGAGGGCUGGCUCUCGCAGAGGUCACCUGCUUGCCCAAAGGGGUACGCGGAGGUCUGUCGUCCGCAAGAAGAGCAUACAGAUGUAGGCAAAUAAGCUGUGAAAAGCUGAUGAAAGGGAGAUUUUUUUGGUGAAAGUACAUUAUGAAAGGGCAAAGGACUGUCCAGCAGUUCUUCAAAACUAAAAUUCAGCUUCCAGAAGUCCUGCGGAUCUGAAGCCUUUACAGCUGUGCACAGCUAGACAUAAACUAACUAUGCCAAGUUCUUCAGCCAUACAGCUGAAACCAAUUUUGUCAGCAACGACAGCUUCCUGGACCAUGAAACUUUCUUCUACUUAUAGGAAAUACGUGAUCAGUGCUGGUUUUCAGUACUCUGAAGACAUAUUUUUGCUACACAAAGGCAAAUAUAUACAACCAUGAUUAUUACAAAUAUGAAGAAGUUUUUUGCAGACAAUUUUGAGCCUCAAAUAUUGAAUGGAAGAAUGUAAUGAUGUAGUAGCACUUUUAAGCAAUGUUUUAAAUUGCAGCAGCCAAAUGAAAAUUCCAGUUAGGAAAAAGCGUGUGUAAGGGUCUGGGUCUGUCUGGAACAGACACCUCAGAUAAUAUGAAGCAUUUCUUCCACUGACUUCCAAAGCUAAAAAUACAUUUAUCCUGUAUGAAAGUAGAGAAGAGGUGUAGGUACAGGAAAAAGCAGAGUGUAGAAAUAAAGUUGGAACAUUCCCACCCUUGCUUUAUUCAGGAAUUAAUUGAUGUUUACAGGAAUCUGCAUAUUUUCCCUGCAAAAUUAAUGCUAUGUAAGAAAAGGCAGGGAAAGGCUCAGAACUGCAGAUUUUUUUUUAUUACUAUCUUGAAUAUGUAUACAAAAGAUUAACUUAUUUCUCUGUUAUCAUUAGAAUAUGUGAAGAUUAUUUUAGUUUUUAGCAUGCAUUUUUAAAAAUUCUGCCAUGUGAUAGACUAUUCAGACUGCUACUUUGCUAUUUGUAAAAAUAAUAUUUUUUUUUAAAAAAAAAAAAGAACAGCCUAAGCCCCAGAACACCACCUUUCCAACAGAAAACUGCUGUAUAGAAUAAUGUCUAAACUGUUGUUAAAAACUUAAGAUUGUACAAAGAAAGAAUAUAAAAGGGAGAGGAAGAGGGAAGAGUUACUAUUUUUUUCCUUUGAGGAAAUCCUUUUGAGGGUUUCUUCCACCUCAUUUUUUUUUUUUUUUUUAGUAUAUAAAUAUAUUUUCAAAUAUAUUUCUUCAAUCGGUGCCUGCAGAGAAAACUUCCAGUAGUUUUUCCCAAUCCUUACAAAACUUUGCUGAACUAAGAUUUUCCUAGUAGUCAAUGUAUGAUAUAUUUUGGUUACUUGUAUCUUGUGUGCUGUAAUCUGGAGAGAAACUUCAGUUGCAAUUUCCUGGUCCUCAGGAAGCUCAGCACCUUCCCCCUCUCCUGCAACUGUAAAAUUUGGUGGUAAAAAGUGAUACGCUACAGGAGUGCAGUACAAAUGCGGCACGUGGGAUUCAUCCAGCACCUAUUUAAGGUCGUGGGACUACCCCAAGACUUCACUUGGAAUAAAAUCAGGAUGAGGAAACAGGACUGGCAGUUUUAAACAAAUGAAGGGUGUCAGGAGAGAUGAGUUUACUGGCAUUCGAGGGUGGUAUUUAGGUCAGAAUAAGAUUAGAUUUGACUUGAGCAAUAAGGGGUGUCAAGUAGGUGUUUUUUAUAUUCAUUAGCUGAUGGCCAACUGCAAUUUAUUUUAGAUUAGAUGUUCCUCACGAUUAGCUAAGCAGGGAGCUAAAGGCCAUUGAAAAAAUGUAUAAUAAUAGUGAAGUUUGUGAGCAAUUUGGUACAGAUUUGCCAGGUCAGAUCAUGCUGGCUCCAGUGUUUAUUCCCUUCUCUUUUUGUGCAAGGCAAGACAGUUGAAAGUGCUUCAUGAACUUUUCUGUUGUUGAUUGCAGAGCUGCUGUAGGGAUUUUUUGUGGAAAGCAGAGAAGACUGUUAACUCAAUGCAGAACACAGUAGGAAUGGUCCCUGAUGCUGCAUUUUUGUUCAAACAAGUCUUAAGUGAUAGUUUAAAGCAGAAGCUUGUUCAUUGCAUACCCUCUGUUCCUCUGCCCGGUGGCUACUAGUUCUGCAAAACUGCUGUUUUGAGAGCUUUUAAAAAAUAAUUCUAAGUAUAGCAUUAACACUGAUAGCUAGUGUCAAGAGAAUAGAAUCUCCUUUUGAUCUAUCUUUUUUGUGUCUAUUUUUUAAUCACAGUUUACUUAAUUAUACAAAAAUCUGUUCUUUAAAGUAGUGAGUUAUCUUUUUAACUACUUUUUAAAACUGCACUGCUUUUCAUCAAACUGCUAGAAAUAGGAUUUCUUUUCAGUCUUUCUGAAUUCUUUAGUGUUCCCAUGAAAGCUUCCUGACACACAAUAUUCUGUGUAAUCACUAGUAAUGCCACAGGCAAUAGAUCAGGCUAUAAUACCUAGCAUGGGAAUUUCCAAAGAUUGCAACUGAUAACGUUUUUCUCAAUAAUCGAAAUCAUGGAGUAAUCGGAGUUUUAUAAAAUUCAGAAAACAGUCAUGUAAUAGUCUAAAGCAUAAUUUUGAACAAAAAGGUCACAAAUACACUGAAUUUUUAGUAAUAUAUUGAGUAUUUUAAAGAAUUUUAUAGUGAAAGUUGCAGUUUUGUAAGAAGUAUUGCAAAGCACUUGCUUAGGAAGGAAAGCAGUCUUUUUUAGUUUCAUACUGUUUUCAUGAGCAUUGCAGAGAUUUGCCUUUAGACUUGGGAGGAAAUUCAGACUUGGGCUACAGCUGCUGAAGUCACUUACACAGCAUCUCUAUAAAUCUAGUGACUUUUGGCUUGCGCUACAAACUGAUAGGCAAUAAACUGAUAGUAGGCAUACUGUUAUAAGCGAUUCAGUUUGUAGAGCCCAAAUUCAAUGAUAAGAAAUAAAUUUGUAUUAGGAAAUUGUAUUGUAGACCAUGUACUAGACUCCACAAGAUGCUACAGGUGAUAUAUAUAAUUCAUCUAUAAAAAUUAAGCCAGUUUAUUUUCUAUUCUAAAUAGAAAAAUACAUUUUGAAAAAAUGGUUUAAUCUAUGCCUAGAAUUGUCGAGGUGGAGGUGGAUGAAAUUAAGGCAAUUAUGUGCUUCUUUUAAUGGGAAAAAUUAAUAUUACUUUUUGAUUAUGGUUUAAAUGGAAUAAAGUAUGUGAUCCUUUCCUUUAAGUUACAUAUAAUGCUAGUAUUGUAUCUCAGGGAGUUUUAUACUGUAAAGUCUCUUAAUCUUCAUGGAAUGGAGUAGCUUUAUAUUUGUAUUAAUUAUUUAGAUAAACACUCAAUAAAAUUACAGAAAGGAAACAGCACAGAAAGAUCCUAUUUUAUUGAAAGAUAGCAGUAGAAAGCCGCCUUUUGAAGAGAAAUUCUUUUCAUUUUUGCUUUUCUAUCUUUUAAUCAAUAGAAGUGGCUGAUUGUUCUCAAAGUAACCAGACCAUCUGAGGUUAGAAAUAAAGCCUGGUUGUGCCAGGAGAAAAAUGUUUUCAUUGGAGAGGGUAUACUAAGUUAUUUUCACUAUGAAAAGGAGCAUUUAUUAAAGUUGGAUGUCUGUUGGGAAAGUAUCAUUUCAGAAAAUAAUACCUUCCCUUGACCUACAGAGAAUUUGCAAGUACUUGGAAUUUUUUUUCCCUUAAAUUUUAAAAUGAAAUAAAG